AUGGCCCCUCAGAAGAAGAGCAAGAAGGAUGCCAAUAGCAUCAAUGCGAAACUAGCGCUCGUUUUGAAGUCCGGAAAGGUCACGCUAGGAUACCGUUCAACCCUCAAGAGCUUGCGAUCAGGCAAGGCCAAGUUGAUCAUCAUCGCUGGCAACACUCCUCCUCUCCGCAAGAGUGAGCUCGAAUACUACUCCAUGCUGUCCAAGGCUCCCAUCCACCACUUCUCCGGUAACAAUGUAAGUACAGAUUUUCUUCAGAGCAUGAAUCGAACCAAUAGCAUUGGCGACCGAUUUACUUUUGAUAUGAAUUUGCGACCACUUGUCAUCUUGUUUCGAGAGGCAAAGUCUCUGCUAAGCGAGAAGGUUGUUUCUUGCGCUCUACCCAGAGAAAAAGUCUUUCACCUAGACUUUGGAGGGUUCACUUUGGCUUACACAAUCUCUUUUCAACAGAUUGAGCUCGGUACUGCUUGUGGUAAGCUCUUCCGCUGCUCUACCAUGGCCAUCCUCGACGCUGGUGACUCCGAUAUUCUCAGCGACCAGCAGGCUUAA